AUGAAGAGGCGCUCGUCGGGUUCGACCGACGACAGCGACGAACCUCUUGCUGAGCCUCCUGUAACCACGAUCCAAGAGCCUGCUCGCACCCGCAAUUCUGUCGCCCACCCCAAACACCUGCCAGUUGCCUCGAGACCGUCUUCUGCGAGGAGUAGACGAUCAAUCAACGCCAAUUGGAAGCUCGAACAUGGACCGAAUGUAUCAUUCGACAACCGUCCCAUAACUGUUUCUCCGUCGCCUUUGCCAGACCCAUCCCUGGCCGCGCCGUUGCCCUCAUCCUCUUCCGCUCGUCGAAGCAACACACAGCGCCAACCCCCGAACAACCACCACCACCACCCCCAGUCCGUAGUCCGUGUCCACCAACUCGACGACAACGACGGAGAUCGCGCCCUCGCCACCGACGAAGGCGGAGACGACGACGACGAGAAAGCCUCCAUGACCACUGAAAAUAUGGCUGAAAUGCGCUUCACUAGUAGUCGCUCUCGAUUUCGUGGCCCGUGGUCCAUCACCAUUCUCGCCCUUGCUAUCACUGUUCUUGGCAUCACCCUGCUUUGCGCCAUAUUGAAUUCGUCCUGGACCCGUCAGCUCGAUGCCAAGGGAUGCCGAAUGUCUUACAUGCGACCCACGUAUAUACGUCUGCGCGACUUCGACACGGAACAUACCCGCUUCGCGACGAAAUAUUCUCUGUAUUUAUAUCGCGAGCAAGGCGUUGACGACGAAAGAAAGUUGAGAGGUGUACCUGUUUUAUUCAUCCCAGGCAACGCUGGAAGCUACAAACAAGUUCGUCCGAUAGCAGCAGAGGCCGCAAACUAUUUCCACGAGUCCCUACAACAUGACGAGGCUGCGGCCGCCGCUGGUGCCCGCAACCUUGACUUCUUCACCGUCGACUUCAACGAGGAUAUCACUGCAUUCCAUGGACAGACCAUGCUGGACCAGGCGGAAUACCUGAACGAGGCGAUUCGGUAUAUCUUGUCUUUAUAUAUGGACCCGCGAAUGUCAGCUCGAGACCCGGACCUGCCAGACCCGACGUCCGUUUUGAUCCUGGGCCACUCCAUGGGCGGCAUCGUAGCGCGCACCAUGCUCAUAAUGCCCAACUACCAGUCUUACUCGAUCAAUACCAUCAUCACCAUGUCUGCCCCGCAUUCCCGUCCUCCUGUCACUUUUGAUGGGCAGAUUGUAAAGAUCUACGAGGACAUCAACGAUUACUGGCGCAGAGCUUACUCGCAGAAGUGGGCCAACAAUAACCCACUGUGGCACGUUACUCUCGUCUCGAUUGCUGGAGGGGGCUUGGACACGGUAGUACCAUCUGACUAUGCUAGUGUUGAGUCGAUAAUUCCCGAGACCCACGGCUUCACCGUCUUUACCACCGGUAUCCCCAAGGUCUGGACCAGCAUGGAUCACCAGGCGAUUCUAUGGUGUGACCAGUUCAGAAAAGUUGUGGCACGAGCUAUGUACGACGUUGUUGAUGUCCAUCGGUCAUCGCAGACAAAACCCAGAGCCGAGAGGAUGAGGGUGUUCAAGAAAUGGCUUCUCACGGGUAUGGAGUCCAUUGCCGAGAAAACAUUGCCUUCCGAGGGUCCAUCUACGCUGCUCACACUGGAAGACAACUCAAAUGAUAUCAUGGCCCAGGGCGAGCGUUUGGUAUUGCGUCAACUGGGACUGAGUUCGAAACCGAGGGCUCAUUUGCUCCCUGUUCCCCCGCAAGGAACCCCAGAGAAGCGAUUCACUCUUUUGACUGACGUUGGCCUCGACAAAUCGGGGGAGCACGGAAAGCUCGAAGUGCUCUUUUGCAGCGUGUUCCCCCUCCAACCUGGUCAGGCCACGACCUUGUUCUCCUUGAAUAUGGACCUGUCAGGAGACAGUACAGGGUCCACUCGACUGGCAUGCAAGAACGCCGCAAACGACGCCAUGCUGUUGCCCGCUUCAACCAAGUCCCAUCGUCAUCCGUUCGCCGUUGACAGUGAGCCUGCGACACGUCCAUUUUCAUAUCUACAAUAUGACACCGAAGACAUCGCUGAUCAUCAGUUUAUUGCUGUUAUCGACAAAGCACUCAAGCCUACGACAAACUUCGUCGUAGCAGAGUUUAGCGACCACUCGCAAUCGCACAGGACGCGUAAUAUUAGCCUUCGACGACUGUUGGCGUUUGGCAUGACAUUGAGGCUGCCAGCUAGCCGCCCUAUGGUGGCGGAAAUCAAUGUCCCUGCUCUUCAGUCCAGCUUGCUAGCUUAUAACUUGGAGGUCGGCAAUCAGGUCUGCGGCGGCAAAGCUGAGAUAUUUUCUCCGUUGAUCCGUCAGUAUCUCGCUCAACCGUACGAGUCAAAAUAUUUUGUCAACGCUCGACAUGCCAGUGUCAGCAUUCAUGGAGUGGCGCCAUUUGUCCCUCCCCCAUUGCGGCCAAAGAGGCACGAUGAACAGGGACUGAGCUUUCAAUUCUGGACAGACCCGACUUGUGAGUCCAGCAUUCAAGUCAAAUUAACGGUCGACACCUUGGGAAGUCUUGGAAAGCUGUACAUGCGAUAUCGAACGGUUUUUGCAGCAUUCCCGCUGCUGGUGGUAGCCCUCGUGCUUCGCAAACAGUUCCGGGUAUACGACACGACAGGCACGUUCAUCUCGUUUUCUGAAAGUCUGGAUCUCUGUUUACGACAAUCUCUACCACUCAUGCUGCUGUCAUUGACCUUUCUAUCCUUGUCAAUGACAGGAUCAUGGCCAACAGGGCCUGGUGGGUUUUGGCAUUGGCGCAACACAACGUCUGCUGCGGGCGACUUCCAAAGCAACGAUCUCCUGACGGGUACACAAGAUCCUUUCUUUUGGUUUCUUAUACCUCUCAUCGGGGUCGUUUGCAUCGGUGUUUGCGCCGUGCUCCAUUUCGUUACUCUGGCGCUUACACAACUUCUUGGCGUUGUCUACUCUUGGGUAGCCGUUCACCCCUUUGGCCAUGGUAGUAGAGACGAACGGCGGAGAGCCCAUUCGCCUAUAUUUGUUCCAUCCUCACCUCGACGUCGCAUGAUAACCACCGCCAUCCUACUAUUUCUGGUUUCAACCUUCAUUCCGUAUCAGUUCGCGUACUUGGUGGCAUGUCUCGUCCAGCUAUUCACAGUUGUAAGGGCUCUCAGAAUAGCCUCAGAAAAGUCUGCACCAGCGUAUGACUUCUAUCACUACGCCCACUCGAUUCUGCUGCUCAUGCUAUGGGUACUUCCCAUCAAUCUGCCGAUAUUAGCCGUCUGGAUCCGCAACCUCGCCGUACACUGGCUUACACCAUUCUCAUCGCACCAUAACGUACUCUCCAUCAUGCCGUUCAUUUUACUAGUGGAGAACAUGACUACUGGCAAAAUGGUGCCGAGGGUCACUGGCAAGCUCCGACAUUUGACCAGUGUGCUGCUAUUCGGAACGGCAAUCUACGCCGCUAUCUACGGGGUUUCUUAUGCAUAUAUGCUACAUUACCUCGUCAACCUGGUGGCAGCAUGGCUGGUCGUGAUUCACUCUACAGCAGAAAAUUGGCACCUAGCGGGCUUCAGCUCGAUAUUUGAAAACGGUUCAAAUGCGGAUCGAAAGGGCGGCAAAACACCAUAG